UUAGGGGGGGAUUUCGUGGUGGGUGCAUCUUUUGAACAUGAAUUUUAUAGCUGUUAAGUUCUCACAAUCCAACGUCAGGAUCUUUUAUCAAUAUUUAACACAUGUAUAUGUUAAGGCACAUAUUGUUGUCAAGUGCCAUAACCACUGGAGAAAACAGAAAGUCAUCCCCGAAGAUGUUGCUUAAAUUAAGCUGUAUAUUUUUCACAUUCAUUUGUCUUUUCGAAGUUCAACUGAAAUAAAUCAAGUAGGUCUCUAUGUAUUAGCAGGGGUUUACGAGAAGAAAAAGAUAGAUCGACCAAGAAAUACAAAAAUGAUGGGGCUAGUUUGGGGGGUUGGUGUGGGGUUGCGGAGCAUGAUAGAAUUUUCUGGUGACGGAAGUAAGAUUUGAAAAAUCUAGAAAAAAAACCCCAAACAACGACAACUGUAUUUUUUAUUACAAAAUAUGUCUCCUAAUCAAAAACAGAAAACGACUUCCCAGGUUGUGUUGACCAACCAUUGGACAUUCUCUUCGUACUGGACGCCAGCACUACCGUGGGGAAGGCCAACUUCCGUAAGGAGCUGGACUUUGUGGGACGUUAUGUACAGUCUCUAAACAUCAGCUCCGACACCGUCCGGGUAGGCUUGGUGACAGAAGCGGACUACGCUUACCUACAGUUUAGUCUGGACGAUCACAUGGACAAGAAUGAACUCCUCUUGGCUCUCAAGUUUGUGCCUUACCAAGCAGGCAAUCGGAAGCCAGGUGCCGGUGUGGAGUAUAUCAGAAAGAAUGGAGUGGACAGUGUCCUAGGAGGGCGACGAGGGGUCCAGGACAUCAUCUUUGUCGUAACUAGUGGCCAGCCGGCCGGGAGUGACCUCGCACAGAUGGAGUCUGAUUCUCUGACAAAGAAUGGGACAAUCCUGAUAGGCGUGGGCGUUGACACGAGUGACAGGGCGGGGCUGGUAGGCGUGGCUUCUGGCAGUCAUUACACUCUACAGACUGACAGCUUCGACAACCUUAUGAAACUGGACCAGGGAGCCACUCAGCUUACUUGUGAUGCUAUAAAGGGCGUCCCACCAGAGGUUUGUGGUGAGAAGAAAACGGACGUUGUAUUUCUGUUGGACGCCAGUUCAGACCAGGGGAAACCAAACUUUAAACUGCAAGUGGAGUAUAUUAAAAACCUGACCAGCUCACUCAACCUUGGGCCCGAUGGGGCCAGAGAAGCUCGUCAGCUCGAGAGUAAGAACAUUACUAUCAUAUCAGUGGGCAUUGGCUCAGCCGAUCCGCAGGAAGUGCUAGCCCUAGCUUCCGGUGACCAUUACUUCCGACAGGAAGCCAAUUUCUCCUCUCUCGGUUCCGGAGCUGCUGAAGUUAAAGACCUCUUAUGUGAUGGUCUAUGUGCGCUCCAGCCCUGUGAAAAUGGAGGCACGUGUAUAGAGUUCAACGGAGUGGUGAGCUGUGUGUGCCCACCUCUGUACUCGGGCGCGGUGUGCCAGAUGUCUUUGGUUUCGACGACACCAACAACAUCUGCAGCAACAGCUGCACCAACUUCUACAGCAAUGUCUACAACAACAACACCCGUAACUUCACCCUCAACUACUUGCUCCUUCAACCCAUGUUUUAACGGCGGCACGUGUGUGGCUUUCGGCUCUUCCUACACUUGCCUGUGUCCUUCAUCUUAUAGCGGCGUCAUCUGUCAGAUCGAAUCAAAGGAUACCCCAUGUGAUGCCCAGCCAUGCCUGAACGGUGGUACGUGUGAGGUACAAGGGGACUCCUUCCUUUGUCGGUGCCCGCCUCAGUACACCGGCAGUUUCUGUCUCGUCCCAAUCGCAGUGACAACGAUGACAACGACACCUGACCCCUGCGGAAAAACUGUCUCCAACAUCCGAACUGUCGGUUGUGUACCAGCUGAGGUUAUCUUUGUUGUUGAGUACGGAAAAACGGAAUCCACCCUAGACAUCGAUCACGAGACAGAUUGGAUUUCAAAAACGAUCAGCAAUUGGAAGCUUGACAAUCAGAACAUUCGAGUGGGCGUAGUUGUUUACCACGAUACUGUCACGGAGGCUAUACAUCUGGGAGAUUACCAUAGUGUGAGAGAUCUCAGCAGUAAGCUCAGCCGACUAUAUAGACAGCUCAGGCCGAGUGGAGAUCCAGACUUGGCCAAAGCUUUGGAUUACAUCAGACUUACGUCAUUCAAGAAUGCACGUAAAGGAGUGGAGAGAGUGGUAAUACCUAUCGUUCAUCAGAUGUCUAGUAGAACCGAGAAUGACAUCCCAAAAGCUGCACAGCUACUCAAGGCCGAUUGUACUUCGAUUAUAGCUUUGGGCAUAUAUGGACCAGACAUCAAUUCCGACAUCCUAAAAACAUCGGCAAGUCAACCCAGCUCAGACAAUUUUGCAAUGUUUUUGAAUUUUAACGCUUUUGAGGAGAGCUCCAGAAACACUAAUCUAUUGCAUCAGUGCUCCAACUGAGGAAUCUUUUAUGACGAGUAGUACGCAUGCAGAUAAAAACUAAAAACGUAGAUCUACUAAAAUCAGGAGCGAAAUUUCACAGGAAAGAGAGUAAACGGUCUCAUUGUUUAAAUACUUGUACCUUUAUUAUGUAUUUUACUUUCUUUUUUUUUCAACAUUUAGAAUCGGUAAUUUGGCAAACUAUUUCUUCAAUCUGUGCAGCUAAUGCCACUGAAUUAAAAAAAAAAUAAAACCCACUAUAAACCAAAAACUAAAA